AUGUACCCAAACACAACUGCCUUCCAAGGGCCCGCGCAAGGUCAAUCUCCCCUGCAGCAAACCCUGGUUCAGCUGUGGGCAAAACCUUCUAAAAAUCUAUCUCAUGUCCCUUGUAAAUUCUUUCGUCAAGGUGCUUGCCAGGCUGGAAACUCCUGUCCAUUCUCCCACUCGAUGGAUCUUCAUUCGCCAACCACUAUGAAUCCUUGCAAGUACUUCCAGAAAGGCAAUUGUAAGUUCGGGUUGAAGUGUGCUCUAGUACAUGUGAUGGCUGACGGAAGAAAAGUUCAUACUCGGGCGUUUGCACAAUAUCAAAAGGACCAGAACCAGCCAGUAUCAUCAGCAGCACAGAUACAGCAUCCAGGAAUAUCUCAUGUUGAUACUCAACAAAUUCAAAUCCCAUCACAAACAACAAAAUUUGGCCAUUCUGCUUCUUCCUCAAUAUCCGCCAACAAUAACAUUGGAUCCAGUAAUGUUUCGAGCCCAUUGAUAUCAUCUUUUCCACAUCAAGCCACUAAUCAAAACCAUUACUUUAAUAAUAACCAGCCGCAAUCUGGUCCCGCAUCCAGUGAGCAACAAUUCCUAAGCUAUCCUAACACUUGGUCUCAGAAUAGCAACCACCAGACUAAUGAGGACCAUUACCCUUUGAAUUCUUCAAAUGAGUUGAUGGAUAAAAUAGGGAAUACAUACGCCGGAAGUAAUAAUAUUGGAAGUUUUGGUACCAUUAGGACUUUACAAGAGUCUAAUGGCUUUGAAAGCUCAUCCCAUGGUGUUAAUGAAGCUGCCAAAGCAAAUGAUACUGUGUCUAACUUGGAAACUAAAAACGAAGAAGCAGAGGAAAAUGAUGACGAUGAUUUAAAGUUUGAAGAAGAUUAUGUUCCAUCAAGCUUAAUGGAUUUGCUAAGCUCACAAGAGCUAAAGCGGAAAAUUGCCAAAAAUGAGAACACUGAUGAAGUCAACAAUCGUAUAAAUGGUAGUGCCUUCGAGUCCAAUAUCAUUAGUAAUGAUAAUACGUUUAAUACUAAUGCUUCUAAUAUUAUUGUUGGUGAUGGUGAAAAUACUCUUGCUCCGGGAACCCCUUACCCAACCCAUACUCAUGACAGUGGGUUUAGUAAUUUGACGAGACAAAUCCAUAAAAACGGCUCUGUUUCCUCUACCUCUUUAUCAAUGGGUUCUGGUUCUGCCAACAAUAAUAAUUAUGUCACAACUAGUAACUCUAAUAGCAUUAGUACAAGCUCUUCUAAAAUCCCACUAUUUUCUCCUACUUCCAGUACAGGGUUCUCACCAGUGGCAGAAUUGAGCUCAUUAAGUUUCAAUGGUUCAAAGAAUGAUGUUUGGGGUAUUGGCAAUGGUGGAUUUGGGGGUGCGGCUAAUAACUCCAAUUCCAGCAAUAUUGUCUCUAAUACAAAUGGCCUUGUCAACAAUGGUGUUAAUAUCAACAGUGGAGAGCCCAGAUUUUCAACCAGACAUGCAUCGUUUGGCUCACUUUCUAAAGGAACCCCUCUGGACUCCUCAUCUUCUUUCCAACCACUUCCAUCGCAGUUUCUGCUGCAUCUGUAUCUGCUGGGACUUUUGAAUAACCCCAUCAAUUUGAAUGGAAAUGGUUACAAUGUUGAUAAUAAUGAAAUUAACAUUAGUCGAACGUUGACUAAUUCAAGCUUAUCGAGGGGCAACAGUUUUGGAAGGGAUUCUAGGUUCGGGGUAUGGGGAGUGAGUAACAAUACUAAUAAUGGGGGGAAUAUAAAUAGGGGAGCGGAUGAUUUGGUGGAUCGAACAUCUAGAUGGAGCGUUAGUGAAUGA